AUGGAAAAGACGACCGAGGCGGACGAGCUCGGGGCGUUCGUCGAGGCUGCGGAAGAUUUGAGCGAAAGGCUGACGACGACGACGACGACGACGACGACGACGACGACGCAUCGACCGUUGAAGAACGUGAAGUUUGUGGUGAAAGAUAUAUUUGAUAUCGAGGGACGACGAUGCGGGUUCGGGUCGCCGGCGUUUAAGCGGACGGGAGGGAAAGGCGGGACGGCGGGCGCGAAGCGACACGCGCGGUGCGUGCGAACGCUCCUGGAGGCGGGAGCGAGCGCGGUGGGGAUGACGACCAUGGAUGAGCUGGCGUACGCGAUUAAUGGGGAGAACGCACACUAUGGAACGCCUAUAAACCCGCGAGCGCGAGCGUUAGUGCCGGGAGGGUCGUCCUCGGGAUCGGCGGUGGCGUGCGCGGCGGCGCUUCGAGGAUGCGAAUUCGCGCUCGGGACGGAUACCGGGGGAUCGGUGCGAGUGCCGGCGUCGUAUUGUGGGGUUUACGGGAUACGCACGAGUCAUGGAUCAGUAUCUAUGCGUGGUGUGCAAGCUUUGGCUCCGAGUUUUGACACCGUGGGGUGGUUUGCGCGAUCAAUAGAUGUCUUGCAGCGCGUGGGAGACGUGUUGUUGCCAGAGCCCGACAAGCACGCGCCGACGGAACCGAGCCGCUGGCUUUUGCUGGAAGACGCUUGUGCUGCGGUUGCCGCGGUGACGGCGCUCCACGAGAUUGCGCCGGCGGAUUUCAAGCGAAUGAAUCUCACAGAGCACUUGCUCGUCGGUUGCCCAAAGUUCCGGUCGCUCGUAAACGGUCGCGAAGACUACGGCUUGGACUGCCUCAGAGAGAUGGUUCGCGUGCUCAUGGGGGCGGAAAUCUGGGAAAAUCUGGGAAAAUGGUACACUGAGGAAAAGCCAAAGCUCGGUGCCGCGGUCAAGGCGAGGAUGGAAGCCGCGUCAAAGCUCGACGCGGACGAAGUCGAACGCCUCAAGGAAGUGCGAGAGGAAGUGCGAGAAGAAGUGGAUCGCAUAUUAGACGGUGGCGCCAUAUUCAUACUUCCCACGACGCCUGGCAAGGCCCCUAAACGUGGUCAAAGCGAUCAGGCGACCGAAUCUUGGCGAAGAAAGUGUUUUGAGCUGCUGUGCAUCGCGAGCCUGUGCGGUUUGCCGCAGGUGUCGAUACCUCUCGAGGCUCCAAACAUCGAAGGUCCGCAAGGGCUGUCACUAAUCGCUGGAUACCAAAUGGACAAAAUGUUGAUCGGAGCCGCUCGUCAAAUCGUUCCUGCGCUCGUCGAGGCGUAUCCAGAUAUCCUAGAAGCUGAGUUAGAGCGCCUGAAUCCACCCGAGGCUCCUGGCGAAUCCGAAAAGACCAAAGGAAAUGAAGCCCUGAAGCAGGGCAAGUAUCAAGACGCGAUCGAAUAUUACUCGGUGGCGAUUGGAAAGAAUCCUAAGAGCAAGAUUUUCGUAGCAAACAGAGCCAUGGCGCACCUAAAGCUUGGGAACUACCAGCUCGCCGAAGAUGACUGCACUGAAGCCAUCAAGCUUGAUGCGCGGUACGUGAAGGCGUACCUUCGCCGGGCGGCGGCGAGGUCGGUGGCGGGGAACUAUCUCGAAGCAUUGAUGGAUUACGAAGAAGCGUUACGCUUCGAGCCUAACAACUCGGACGCGAAGAGAGAAGUGUAUAGAAUGAAAAAAAUCAUAGGAAUGGCCGAUCCAGGCAUGGACGUUGGCGAUAUGUAG